CUCCUCCACCACCUGUUCUCCUCGGGUAGAGGAGGUUGUGACGGCGGCUGGAGGACGCGGCAAUGGAGGAAGGAGGCGGCGGCUUGCGGAGCCUGGUCCCCGGAGGGCCGCUGUUGCUGGUUCUGUACGGUCUCCUGGAGGCGUCCGGCGGCGGCCGAGCGCUGCCCCAGCUCAGCGACGACAUCCCCUUCCGAGUCAACUGGCCCGGCACCGAGUUCUCUCUGCCUACAACUGGAGUUUUGUAUAAAGAAGAUAAUUACAUCAUCAUGACAACUGCACAUAAAGAAAAAUACAAAUGUAUACUUCCUCUUGUGACAAGUGGGGAUGAGGAAGAAGAAAAGGAUUACAAAGGCCCCAAUCCAAGAGAGCUUUUGGAACCACUAUUUAAACAGAGCAGUUGUUCCUACAGAAUUGAAUCUUACUGGACUUAUGAAGUAUGUCAUGGGAAACAUAUUCGACAGUACCAUGAAGAAAAAGAAACUGGCCAAAAAGUAAAUAUUCAUGAAUACUACCUUGGGAAUAUGUUGGCUAAGAGUCUUCUGUAUGAAAAAGAACGAGAAGCAAAAGAAAGAGAAAAGUCAAACGAGAUUCCCACUAAAAACAUUGAAGGUCAGAUGACAGCUUACUAUCCUGUGGGAAUGGGAAAUGGUACACCGUGUAGUCUGAGACAGAACCAGCCCAGAUCCAGUACUGUCAUGUACAUAUGCCAUCCUGAAUCUAAGCAUGAGAUCCUUUCAGUAGCUGAAGUUACUACUUGCGAAUAUGAAGUUGUCAUUUUGACACCACUCUUGUGCAGUCAUCCUAAAUACAAGUUCAGAGCCUCUCCUGUGAAUGAUAUAUUCUGUCAAUCACUGCCUGGAUCUCCAUUUAAACCCCUCACACUAAGACAGUUGGAACAACAGGAAGAGAUACUGAGGGUGCCAUUUAGGAGAAAUAAAGAGGAAGAUUUGCCAUCUGCUAAAGAAGAGAGAUUUCCAGCCAUCCACAAACCUAUUGCUGUUGGCUCUCAGCCAGUGCUCACUGUUGGUACAACCCACAUUUCUAAGCUGACAGAUGACCAGCUCAUAAAGGAGUUCCUAAGUGGCUCUUACUGCUUUCAUGGGGGUGUUGGUUGGUGGAAAUAUGAAUUCUGCUAUGGCAAACACGUACAUCAAUAUCACGAGGACAAAGAUAAUGGGAGAACUUCUGUAGUUGUGGGGACAUGGAACCAAGAAGAGCAUGUUGAGUGGGCUAAGAAAAAUACUGCUAGAGCUUAUCAUCUUCAAGACGAUGGCACCCAGACAGUCAGGAUGGUAUCACAUUUUUAUGGAAAUGGGGAUAUUUGUGAUAUAACUGACAAACCCAGACAGGUGACUGUAAAACUAAAGUGUAAAGAAUCAGAUUCUCCUCAUGCUGUCACUGUGUAUAUGCUUGAGCCUCACUCCUGCCAGUAUAUUCUUGGGGUUGAAUCUCCAGUAAUCUGUAAAAUUCUAGAUACAGCUGAUGAAAAUGGACUUCUUUCUCUCCCCAAUUAAAGGAUAUUAAAGUUGAAGGAAAGAAAGAUAAUUGAAAAUCAUCACUUCCUCCUGACCAUAUCUCAUUGUAGAGUCUCACCAUUGGACAUUGUCUAUAGUAUCACAAAAAAAUGACUGGCAACCACACUGUGAAAUUCCUGUGUAUAUAAGAGAUUAUGGAUAAACUUGUAAGGCAGAUCCUUGUCUCACUUCA